GUCUGUCGUCGUCGUCGCAAGUCCAUCCAGUUUCAGUUUUUUCUUCAUUCGUGGCGAUGGUGUGCUUUCUUUCUGAAAAAUAAUCGUACCUAGUUUCUGUUCGUAAAGUGGAAGUGAAAAUAUUUUACUGGUGAUCAAAUUGGUGGAAAAAGUCUUCUUAGUGCAUUUAGCAAAAUGUCGGACAGUGGCAGUGGCUCGGAUAAUGAUAGCGUGGUGUCAAAUCGGUCGCGCAAAAGUGGUGGAACGAAUCGAAGUCGAUCGAUGUCUCGCUCGGCGUCACGGUCCGUGUCGAGGUCGCGUUCCCGAUCCCGAUCGGUCUCCCGUUCGCGGUCACGGUCUGGGUCUGCUGGAUCGCGUUCCGGUUCGGAUGUUGAACAGAUCAGAAUGAAGAAAAAGCGGAAGAUUUCCGGCGGAGGGUCGGAUGAGGAUGAAGAGGUUGAAGACGAGCAGGAACCGGAGGGGGAGGAUUUGGAUUCGGAGGAGUAUGAGGAUGACGAAGAUGAUGACGACCGUCGUGGAGGACGGAAGAAGAAAAAGAAGGAACGAUUCGGUGGUUUUAUUAUCGACGAGGCCGAGGUUGACGACGAAGUGGAUGAAGAUGAGGAGUGGGAGGAAGGAGCGCAGGAAAUUGGAAUUGUGGGAAAUGAAGUGGAGGAGUUUGGCCAAACCGCCCGGGAAAUUGAAAACAGACGGCGAGGAACAAAUUUGUGGGACAAUCAGAAGGAGGAUGAAAUCGAAGAGUAUUUGAGGAAAAAGUAUGCGGAUGAAUCGAUUGCCCGAAGGCACUUUGGCGAUGGAGGGGAAGAGAUGUCCGAUGAAAUCACUCAGCAAACAUUGCUGCCAGGAAUCAAAGACCCAAACCUGUGGAUGGUGAAAUGUCGUAUCGGGGAAGAAAAGGCAACUGUUUUGCUGCUUAUGAGGAAGUUUUUGACUUACGCUAAUACAGAUGAGCCACUUAUGAUCAAAUCAGUUGUCGCACCGGAAGGUGUCAAAGGCUAUGUCUAUAUCGAAUCAUACAAGCAGACUCACGUGAAAGCAGCUAUAACGAACGUGGGAAAUCUGAGAAUGGGUAUUUGGAAGCAAGAGAUGGUCCCCAUUAAAGAAAUGACGGACAUCCUGAAAGUCGUUAAAGAGCAAACAGGGCUCAAGCCAAAGCAGUGGGUCCGUUUGAAACGUGGUAUCUACAAGGACGACAUAGCCCAAGUUGACUACGUAGACUUGGCGCAGAACCAAGUGCAUUUGAAGUUACUGCCACGUAUCGAUUACACACGAUUACGAGGAGCCCUUCGGACAACCCAAUCGGAGAACGAUGAAAACAAACGUAAGAAAAAACGCCGUCCUGCGGCGAAACCCUUUGAUCCAGAAGCAAUCAGAGCCAUCGGUGGAGAGGUCACAUCCGAUGGUGACUUCCUGAUUUUUGAAGGAAACAGAUAUUCCCGCAAGGGAUUCCUCUACAAGAAUUUUACUAUGUCUGCCAUUCUGGCGGAAGGCGUUAAACCCACUUUGGCUGAAUUGGAACGAUUUGAGGAACAACCCGAAGAGAUCAACAUCGAGCUGGCUGUUUCGGGCAAGGAAGAUCCCGUUGGAGCUCACACUUUUUCAAUGGGGGACAACGUUGAGGUUUGUGUUGGCGAUUUGGAGAAUUUGCAAGCUAAAAUUAUUGCCAUCGACGGGGCUCUUAUUACGGUGAUGCCGAAACACGAAGAUUUGAAAGAUCCCCUCAUUUUCAAAGCUUCUGAAUUGCGAAAAUAUUUUAAAACCGGUGACCACGCCAAGGUGUUGGCCGGAAGAUAUGAAGGUGAGACGGGUUUGAUUGUCCGGGUAGAGCCACAGCGCAUUGUUCUGGUAUCGGAUUUGACCAUGCACGAGUUGGAAGUGCUGCCCAGGGAUUUACAAUUAUGUUCGGAUAUGGCUACUGGUGUUGAUUCUCUUGGACAGUACCAAUGGGGAGAUUUGGUUCAGUUGGAUCCCCAAACCGUGGGCGUUAUUGUUCGUUUGGAACGUGAGAACUUCCAUGUGCUUGGGAUGCACGGAAAAGUACUUGAGUGCAAGCCCACAGCCUUGCAAAAACGAAGGGAAAAUCGUAACACCAUCGCCUUGGAUGCCGAUCAAAAUCAAAUCCGUAGAAAGGACAUCGUUAAAGUAAUGGAAGGUCCUCAUGCUGGUCGAGAUGGCGAAAUCAAACAUCUGUAUCGUAAUUUGGCUUUCCUGUACUCACGAAUGUACACCGAAAAUGGUGGCAUAUUCGUCUGCAAAACGAGGCAUCUGCAGUUGGCCGGUGGUAACAAAUCGCAGGGAAAUGCUCUGAUGCCAAUGGGUCAGUUUGGAUUCAUGUCUCCACGAAUACAUUCCCCGAUGCAUCCAUCCGGUGGGCGGGGAGGUGGACGUGGUGGUGGCAGAGGUGGUCGAGGUGGAGCUCGAGUAAACAGAGAUCGUGAAAUUCUCGGCAAAACCAUCAAAAUCACCGGAGGACCAUACAAAGGCGCUGUCGGUAUCGUUAAGGACGCAACAGAAAGUACGGCUCGUGUUGAAUUGCAUUCCUCUUGUCAGACAAUCUCGGUGGACCGCAAUCACAUUACUGUCGUUGGAACAACUCCAAAGGAAGGCUCCGUUUCGAGUUACAUCCGUACCCCCAGUCGUACACCAGGCAGCAGCUACGGUUCUCAAACUCCGGUAUACUCCGGAUCGAAGACUCCCCUUCACGGAUCUCAAACACCUUCCUACGAUGUUGGCAACCGUACUCCUUAUGGUUCGAUGACACCAUCUCACGAUGGCAGCAUGACUCCUAGACAUGGCGCUUGGGAUCCAGCUGUUACUAAUACCCCGGCACGCUCCAACGACUUCGACUUCAACAUGGAAGAACCCUCUCCAAGCCCUGGCUACAAUCCCAGCACUCCAGGUUACCAAAUCAAUACGCCAUUCGCACCGAACACACCCGGAAACAUGUUCAACGCCGAAAACUACAGCCCAUACCAGCCAAGUCCAAGCCCCAGUCCUUCACCAUACCAGGUUGGUUACUUAGGCACUCCAUCUCCAAGCGGCUAUUCGCCGGCUACUCCUGGCGCCCCACAGUCUCCAUACAAUCCACAAACUCCCGGUGCAAGUCUGGACUCGCAGUUCGGCGAGUGGUGCACCACGGACAUUGAGGUCAAGAUUCGUAACCACGACGACUCUGAUCUGGAGGGUCAGAGCGGAUUCAUCCGAACGGUCAACAGCGGAGCAUGUUCGGUGUUCCUACCGGCAGAGGAUCGUGUUGUUACGGUGCUAAGCAAUAAUCUGGAACCAGCCAUCCCAGGGCCAGGCGAUCGUUUCAAGGUCAUUUUCGGCGAGGAACGCGAAACAAUCGGAGAUUUCCUCUCGAUGUCCAGCAGCAAAGAGGCGAUGGUGUCGCUCAACGGCAAGAAGAAAAUCCUGCCGUUGAACUAUCUCUGCAAAGUGAAGUUGGAUUAAGUUGGACACGCAGAAAUUGCGGCCGUAUAAUGCUGUUAAUAAGUUUAUUUGAAUAUCGGAGUUGAACGUGUGACAUACAGAAGCGGUUGGAUCAGAAGAAUUUCGUUCAUUGUACUAAUGAACUUGCACCUAAUUAUAAGAUUAUCUCUCUCUCACCACCGACGCUGAAGGCAAGGAAGAAGAAAUCGGUCCCAGUAAUUGUCUAUGUAACGGUCCUUCGUGUAUUUGCUGUAUAGAUUUCAACAUGACCUACAUCGAUCUCGGUGGCCCAGGU